AUGAGGGACGGUUUGAAUAUAUCGUCCCUGCCGAGUCCUCAAGACCGGUACACGCUUGAAAAGAAAAUUGGAUCAGGCGUCUUUGGUGAGAUCCAUAGAGCCAAAGACACUCAAGCCGCAGGCAAGGCAGUCGCUAUCAAAAUACUACUGAACACCGAAGAAAAUGAGACACACAUCCACGAAGAAUAUAAAAUCUUACGUGACUUCACAAAACACCCUAAUCUUGUAGAUUUUUAUGGCGUGUUUUGUGAUAAAUCUGAAUAUACUAAGAAAAUAUGGUUUGUGGUUGAGCUAUGCGAGUAUGGAUCUGUCAUCGAUAUUGUCAGAAAACUUAAAGCUACGGACAAAAAAAUGUCUGAGGAACACAUUGCAUAUAUCCUUAAAUAUACGAUCAAGGGAGUUGUUUAUUUGCAUGAAAAUAAAAUAAUUCAUCGUAACCUAAAAUGCAGCAACAUACUUAUUACGAAAGAUGGGGAGGUAAAGCUCACAGAUUUUGGACUCUCCUGUCAACUAAGUGGCAAUCAAGAAACAACACGGACCAGUAUCGGGUCUCCAGGGUGGAUGGCACCAGAAGCCGUCACAGUCAGCGAAGAAGGCUAUGGCAACAGAGUUGAUGUAUGGGCCCUGGGAAUAUGUACUAUCGAAAUGGUUGACGGCGUGGCUCCUUACGAAAAGAUGCACCCAACUAGAGCGAUGUUUCAAAUUCAGAGAAUCCCACCACCUUCAGUCGCAAAACCCGCAAUGUCAUCAAACGAUAUCAAUGAUUUUAUUAAUGAGUGCCUUGAAAAAAACCCGGAACAUCGACCAUUCAUGAUGGAACUGGAAGAACAUCCUUUUAUUCAGUCUGUACCAGAAAAUGAUUUUCAUCUAUCAACAGAGCUAAAAAUGUUGGCGCUAGAUUUGAGUCAAAAAGAGGUUCCUUAUCGUAUAAAAGAGAGAAUUAUUAAAAAUGGCCUUCUUAUAAGUGAAGGCAAGCAGGACCCGGAGACUAUGCAAGUCGAAGAUUUAGCUGCAUUAGACUUUUUAUCAGAAGACAAUAUUCUUUGUGAAUUACAAAUAAAAUAUCAAAAGGGUUCAUUUACUUCGUUUAUUGGCGAUGUUUUAUUAAUAUUAAAUCCAAAUUCACAUCAAGACAUUUACAAUGAUGAAUAUCAUAAAAAAUACGAAUGCAAAUCUAGAUCUGAUAAUGAACCCCAUAUAUUUGCUGUAGCUGAUAGUGCGUAUCAAAAUGCGCUUCAUCACAACGAGCCUCAGUACAUAAUUUUUUCUGGGGAAAGUAAAUCCGGAAAAUCCACUAGUAUGGUUCAUGCCCUCUCACAUCUAACAUUUCUUGGUUCAAUGAAAAAUAACACAGCAGAAAGAAUACAAAAGGCUACAACAUUUAUCCAGGCAUGUAUAAAUGGUGCUACUCCAAUGAAUGCUAGUUCCACCCGUGGAAUAUUUCAAGUCCAAGUAACUUACGGUACGUCAGGAAAAUUGAGUGGAGCACUUUUUUGGCUAUACCAGUUGGAAAAAUGGCGUGUUUCAUCUACGGAUAUGACGCAUGCGAAUUUUGAUAUUUUUUAUUAUUUUUACGACGCAAUUGAAGCUACAAACAGGUUGAGUGAAUUUUACUUAGAAGAAAACAGAAAACACCGUUAUUUAAGGAUUGUAGAUGACCCACCACGAGGCUUUAAGAGUGCAAGAGAUUCCCCUACAGAAAAUGCUGCCUGUUAUAAGGAAUUAGUUGAAUAUUUAAAAGUUCUUGACUGGGAAGAAGAAGACAUUAAAUUCUUGGAAACUGUCCUAGCCGCCAUAUUGGUAUUAGGAAAUGUACGAUUUAGAGAUGGAAAAAAUGGAUCAGCGGAAAUCGAAAACCCAGAAGAAGCAAAGAAAGUGGUUAAAUUGCUUUCACUCGAUGAAGCUAAAUUCUUUUGGGCACUUCUUAAUUACUGUCUUAUAGAAAACGGCACUGCAGUGAAAAGGAAACAUGCAACUGAUGAAGCCAGAGACGCAAGAGAUACUUUAGCUAGUGCUCUUUACAAGAGACUGGUUGAUUGGUUAAUUAAUGUUAUAAAUGCAAAACUAUCAUUUAUGAGAUCUGUAUUCGGUGACAAAUAUUCUGUAAGUUUGAUAGAUAUGUUUGGAUUCGAAUGCUAUCAUAGAAACCGUUUAGAACAAUUAAUAGUUAACACAACUAACGAACAAAUUCAGUUUCUUUACAAUCAACGAAUAUUUGUUUGUGAAAUGCAAGAAGCAGCUGAAGAUGAGAUUACAGUGACUGCUUUGCGAUUUUAUGACAAUAAGGGUUCUGUAGAUCAACUGAUGGCAAAGCCUCAUGGAAUAUUUUACAUCUUAGAUGAAGCAAGUCGUACGGGCGGAGGACAAGAGUGUAUUUUGUCUACGAUUAAGGCAAAAUGUAAGAAUCCUUUCGUUAAGCUUAACGGUAAUCAUGAAUUCAGUAUCGCUCAUUACACCGGAAAAGUAAACUACGAUGCAAGAGAAAUGGCUGACAAAAAUAAAGAUUUUCUUCCACCUGAAAUGAUUGAAACAAUGCGAGCGUCCACUAACCUUACACUGCAACAGCUAUUUAAGAAUAAGCUAACAAAAGCUGGAAACCUUACGGCAGCUUCCAACCAGUCUCCAUCACAAUCAGGCAAAUCUAAAUCUGAAAAAGAAACCGCAAAUAUUAAAGCCAGGAAAUAUAACACAGUUUCCAAAGGGCAAUACUCACAAAUUCGUCGAAUGAGAACUGCCGCUGCAACAUUUAGAUCUACAAGUCUGGAGCUACUAAAACUUCUUUCUAAUGGUGCCGGCAGUGGAGGAACACAUUACGUCAGAUGUAUUAGAACCGAUUUAAACGACAGUCCAAGAGGAUUUCAACCCGAACUUGUUAGACAACAAUUAAGAGCUCUUUCGAUUCUAGACACUGCUAAAGCUCGCCAGUAUGGAUUUUCUUAUCGUGUCCCAUUUUCUGAGUUCAUUCGAAGAUACCGCUUCCUAGCCUUCGAUUUCGAAGAGACUGUUGAUGAAACAGCGGACAAUUGUAGGCUUCUAUUGAUUCGCCUUAAAAUGGAGAAUUGGGAACUAGGAAAAUCCAAAGUAUUCUUAAAAUAUUACAAUGAAGAAUUUUUAUCAAGAUUAUAUGAAACACAAGUCAAGAAAAUUGUGAAAGUACAAAGCAUGAUGAGAUGUUUCUUGGCAAAGAGAAAAGCCGUUAAAAAUAAAUCAAAAGUUAUGCAUAUUAAAGAACUAAAAAAACAAAAAUCUCAAAAUUUAUCGGACGAAGAAGCUGCACUGUGCAUUCAAAAAGCUUAUAGAGGAUAUGUCGUACGUAAGGCUUACGGACCCUUAGUAAGUAAAACUUCUGAACAAAUUGAUGAUGAAACUUCUGCAUUUCUAAAACGAUUCGCUAUGAAAUGGAAGAGCAGAUCUAUUUUUCAAGUUCUGUUACAGUAUAGAGCACUUCGUUAUCAGGACUUAGUACAUUUUUCACAACAGGUACAUAUGUAUAAUCAAGCUGUUGUAGAAGAAACGAAUAAUACUAGCACUUCAGUUCCCCUUGAUAGAGUAGAUCCUCAUACGAAAGAAAAAAGCUUUUUAGGUUCUGGUCCACCGACAGUCUGGAAACUUCCAUUCAGAAUGGACCAGAUACAGUUUUAUGACACCUCUCACAUGUGUGACCCCGAAGUGAAGAACACGGAUACAUUUGCAAGUGCAUAUGAUUCUGACAGCGAACAAUGGGAUGAACCUUUCAAACGUCCUUGCAGUUCGGUUCAAACGGAUCCUUUCAAGGCAUCGACGAGCACGCAAACGCUCAUUACAAUGCCCUUCUGCAGAGACCCAACUCAGCCAGUACCAAUGUUGCCACCCGAUGAACCUGAUGUGUAUUCAAAAGGGGUCAGUUAUAGUAAACCAGUCAUCUAUAAAAAACCACCUACAAUUACUACACCACAGAGCUUUUACCAACCACCUGCACCUUGGCAAAGUGGAGUUGAUGAUACUGAUAUUCUUGAAAACACUGCAGGUCGAAGACCCAGUUACGCAAGAAGUAACAUCUCCAUAGACAAAAGCGAUCUGCCGGAUCCCAUCAGUGAGCUACAAGCGAUAGCUAGAGCGAGACAAACGACAGAAGAUGAAGACGAUGAACCUCCUUUUAAUUUUCAGGCUUUAUUAAAGAAAACACCAAAGAAUAGAGCUUCCAUGAAACGGCAUAGAGAAGCUCGUUCAGACCAUGACGAUUCUUCCACUCCACGUUAUGUCACCACUUCUUAUGGGCCACCUGUGCCUAGAAAAACUUUUUCACCGAGUGAAGCCUCCUCGGUAGUAAUGUCCCCAACCCAUUCUAUUGCCUCAAGCAGAGGCCCUCCUAAAUACGAAUUCGACAGAGGAUACUCUCAGGAAUUCGAUAGCAAUAGUUUUAGGAAGAGUGGACCUAGGCAAAAUAUGAAUUACAGAGACAAUAAAGAUGAAACUGAAACUAUUGAAAUAGCUCCAGGUAUCACUGUAGAGGGAGCUGUGGCAGAUUUAUAA